AUGCUUUCCUAUCUCGUGCACGAACUGUACAGGCAGUUCCAAGCCAACGUGCUGCAGGAAUUAUUUCCACAUAAUGAUUAUCCGCCGCACAGGUUAUAUGAUAUCAAAUUUUCUGCGCUUGAGGAGUUCGUUAUCUUCACCGAAUAUCUCCUUUCGGUCGAGUACCUGUCCGACUUGUUGCAGGCCGCGGAUUUCGAGCCUCUUGUGAAUUUCAUCCAGUACAUCGUGAGUAUCGGCCUCCUAUGCAUUGCAGAUACAUGGUCUGGGUGUGGAGGGAUGCAAACCACACCAGAACUACGUGUUGUUUUCCGUGCUGGACGGCACUAGGGUCAAAAGUUGCCUACUUCUUGUCACCGAAAGAACAGGAAAUUUGUCAUGCGGACCGAUGUCAUUGUCAUGCGGAUCAGGCAGUGACAAUGAAUCCUGCUCAAGAUCCGUGAUGACGCCACGACUUGCAUUGAUACCAGACUUGUUCCCGGGUCACACAAAAACCGUAUGACAGCCUUUGCAAUCUUCCAGACCCAUGGAUACAUGUUUGCGAUGCAUACCUCCCCGACAACCUACACAACCACUACGGGCAAACCAGCGCAGCAAACAUCCAAAAUGUGAAGUGCGUGCCGUUUGAACCCCUUGGGACGUACUUUUACGCGUUCUUCUCCACGAUGACGCUGACGGAGGAACGUCAAGAGCCCGGGAUUCCCUUUGUCACCAUCGGCGAGUUGCUCGGUGAGGAAGUAGUCGCGGAGAGCGUGGUGGUGGGCGAAGACGAAGUAAAAAUAGAGCCAGACCGAAGUAUUACAUUGGAUCGAAUAUCAGAAGACGGUAGAGACGAGAGAACAGAAAAGAACCCUACAGCUGUGCAGCCACAGCAUAGUUCUAGUGCUGGAACAAGUGAACCACGACCAUCAUCAUCAACUUUGGCAAACGACACAGAUCAACAUGUCACUCGCGCCAAAACUGAAGCCGGUGUCCUCGGUAGCGAGACAGCGAACCAACCUGAAACGGUCUACUUCUUCGCCAGAGGUAAAAAAUCCUACCACGAGCGCGUGACCGAAGAGUUUCUGCGGUCCAGAGUGGGCAGAUUAUCAAGUUCGGAGAUCCGCGGGAGAACAUCAAAACAGGAGAAUGGAAACCAGCAUAGAGAUCAUAUCAACAUGUUCAAGGAGACUACCAAAAGCGACGUGGGUACUUCUUCUAGUGGUGAGCCAGCUACAUCAACAUCAACUUUCGAGCUUUUCUUCCCGGAGUAUUACGCACCCGUGUUCGACUACCACCCCGCCAACAUAGGUACUAGUCCUCGCAUGGGUUCUGAGUGGAAGCAAAUCCUGGUGCCGAUAGAAGUUCUUGACUUUGAUGCAACCGGAGGCGUUGCCGAAGAUGCGGGUCGUGGUUCUCCGAGGAGCAGCACGAAAAAA